AUGACAUCCUCUACUUCAUCCGCAAUUACAAACAUGAAUCUUGACGCAGACACCCAACAAAACAUUCUUCAACUUAGAGGUACAUGGGAAUUCCAAAACGUUGCACAAUUCUUCCAUACGUUCUAUGCUGCCUUUGGACUAGAAACAUUCGAUACCGAUAUCUUGGUGUUUCACGAUCUUUGUCAUUGGCAAUUACGAAAUGCUGAUAAGUUCCGUAGUCAUCUAUCAAGUCAAGACAAUCCUGCUGAUUGGAGGGUUAGUCCAGUAGGAUACGAUGCUAAAGGGAAUACUUAUUGGCUCUUCGAUGAUAACCGAUUAUGUAAAGAACAACAUAUUGCGCCACCACCAUCAUCUAAGAAAUCAAAGGCAAAAGCCAAAGCUCGAAAAGGAUCACGACGUAAUGGUAAAGCAGAAGACACAAACGAAGAUAAUGUUAACGUUGCCAUUAAUAAUAGUGAGACUAUGAUUUGGGAAACAUUAUGUAUAACUAUCGAGGAUUGGGAAAACUUUCCUCAGAGAUUUGCAAAAUCUCGUAAUGCUGCAGAAAAAGAAUUUUAUGCAUUGUUGACAGAAGAUAUUGUUCCAAAAGUUUUGGAAGAUUUAAGAACAAAGGAAAAGGAGCGUAAAAAAGUCGAAGCUGUUGCUAAUAGAAAACGUAGUCAAAGAAUUAUCGAAAAGGAAAUUGCAAAGAAAGAGACUGAACGUCUUGUAAAAGUAGAAGAAGAAUCUAACCCUAUGUUGCAAAAAGGUGCUAAAUAUUCUAUUGGUGCUAGAUCAAAUGGAGCCAGAUUAACUCGACAAUCACACAAAAGAUCACAUACCGAAAUUGAAGAUGAAGUAGAUCGUGAACAACGUUAUAAGGUACAGAGAGCUGCAAGAGAAUCACGUAUGCUACGUAGAAAUGGCGGUGAUAUAAGCCAGGAACCUUCAGAAAAUGAAACACAGUCACCCAUUCAACAAUCUAAUCACGAUCCAGAAAACAAUGUAACUGGUGUUUCAAAUGGCGUGCAAACUAAUAUUCCUACGGAUACCCCCCCAAUCAAUGGUUCAACUACAGGAUUGUUUAGUACUACAAAUAACCAUCAAUCUGCUAGCAAUCAUACUACUAAUACUCACACUACUACCAGUCAUGUUAUUACCAGUCAUGAUACCAGUCACACUACUACCAGUAACGCUAAUGCCAAUGCCAAUCGCGUUAAUGCCAAUCGCGUUAAUGCCAAUCGCGUUAAUGCCAAUCGCGUUAAUGCCAAUCGUGUUAAUGCCAAUCGUGUUAAUGCCAAUCGCGUUAAUGCCAAUCGUGUUAAUGCCAAUCGUGUUAAUGCCAAUCGCGCUAAUGCUAAUCGUACAAAUGCCAAUAAUCAAGUCAAUGGUCAAUCUGAUAACCAGCAAGAAGAUGAUGAGCAAUCAGAACAAAUGGAUGACUGGUUUUUUGAAUGUAACUGUGGACUCACUGGCAUAAACAUUGUAAUUAUCAAUUGA